AUGGUCGCACCUACAGCAUCGUCCUCUACAUCUGCCGCGCCGGUGUAUGAGCUGCCAUGGGUGGAGAAGUACAGACCGCUCAAGUUGGAUGACGUGGUGGGCAACAGGGCGACAAUAGAGCGCCUCAAGGUGAUAGAGCACGAGGGCAACUGUCCCCACCUGAUGAUUUCGGGCUUGCCGGGUAUUGGAAAGACGACGAGUGUACACUGUCUUGCACAUGCGCUACUGGGAGAUGCUUACAAGGAAGGAGUGUUAGAGCUCAAUGCCUCCGACGAGAGGGGAAUCGACGUCGUCCGCAACAAGAUCAAGAACUUUGCUCAAAAGAAGGUCUCUCUCCCUCCAGGCAAGCACAAGAUCAUCAUUCUUGACGAAGCCGACUCGAUGACUGUAGGCGCGCAGCAGGCUCUCAGACGAACCAUGGAAAUCUACUCGAAUACCACGCGCUUCUGCUUUGCUUGUAACCAGAGCAACAAGAUCAUUGAUCCCAUUCAGAGUCGAUGUGCGAUUUUGAGAUAUGGGAAAUUGAGCGAGGAGGAGGUGAUGAAGAGGUUGCUGGAGGUGGCUGCUUAUGAGAAGGUCGAGUACACAGACGCGGGUCUAGAAGCUCUGGUCUUCACCUCCGAGGGGGACAUGCGUCAAGCCAUCAACAAUCUCCAAUCCACCUGGACCGGCAUGGGUCUCGUUACCCCAGACAACGUCUUCAAAGUCUGUGACCAACCUCACCCCAUUCUCGUACGGCAGAUCCUUGCCGCGUGUCAAAAAGGCGACAUCGACGUAGCAAUGGAGAAGCUGGAUGAAAUAUGGGGAAACGGAUAUGCAGCAGUGGAUAUUGUUACGACGCUCUUUAGAGUGACAAAGACGAUGGAUUCACUGCCCGAAGCGUUGAAGUUGGAAUUCAUAAAGGAGAUUGGAUGGACACAUAUGCGCAUCUUGGAGGGAGUGUCGACGGUGAUUCAGCUGGGCGCAUGUCUGGCAAGGUUGUGCAAGAUGGUGAGUGAAGUCAAGCAGACGUAG